GUUGUUACGUUGCCGCUCACGCUGAGUGAGAGCACGAGGAAGGAAAGCCUCUUCUUCCGUGUGGUUGAAAAAGAAAACAAAGUAAACAAAAGUUAACAGGUUGGACUCAUUUUGAAUCACAGUUGUUAUUACAGUUAAAGCGAGAAUAAGAGCGUUUAAUCUCCCUUGUUUUUGUGAGGGUUUGAACCUCAGUAACAGCAUUAACCGUUCACCUGCACCUUAAUUUGAAGUCUUACCUGUUAGCAUCGGCGGUUAGCCGCGUAAAAACCCUAACUCACCGAGGAGAAGUUUGACCGGCGGACCCCGAAGAACAACAGCGACGAUAACAGCAGCUUUAAACACCGGAUAAAUAUCCAUUCAACACUUGUCUAAUUAAAAAAAGAAGAACUAGAUCGGGUUUGUUGCAGUGUUGGACAUGUCCACUCUUCAGUUUGGCCAAAAAAGUCAUGAAAACUCAACCAACAGAUCAGACAGCGACUCAGAGGACGAGGUAAGAUCACACUUUACACCGAAAAUAUACAAGUAUGAUUUUACUCUGACAACUGUUAUGCACUGAUAGCUACUGCUACGGUGGCCGAGAACCGCCACUGCUGCAAAAUAAAAAAGAGUGCAAAAAAAAAAAAAAAAGACGUCACAGCGAAAGUUACAGAUGAAGAAAAAAAAGUGUUAUUUACUGCGAAAAUAAAAAGAUUCAAAUAAAAAAAAAAGCCACAAAGGAAGUGAGCUGCUGGGGACCAAUAUUGAUGAUGCACCAGUAUUUUACAAUCCAGGCAAAGAAGACGAGCAAAGAAGUCAGUAGAAAGAUUAUUGUUUAAUUUAGCUUCAUGUGCUUUUCAAUGUGUCAUUUGGUUAGGCCAUGUAGAGCCUGAGUAGAUAUGAAGUUGAACUGAAGCUAACACUACACCGGCAUCCUCCAGUUCAAAUGACACAUUGAAAAAGUCCAGAGUUUCAAAUGUUAUGCAAACUCUCCAAUUACAUUGAAAUCUUGAUUUAUUGCAAAAAAAAAGUUAUACUGCAGUAAGCAGGUUUGAACAUAUGGCAGAGAACUGUUUAGUUGUUAACAUUGAUAUCAUGUACUGGAGGGCCUUUUUUUAAUUCAUACUGUAUAAAACAGUCAAAGUUUGGAUGAUUCAAACUUUGCAAACACAGCGACAUCUUGAGGCUUGUUGGAGUUAUGGCGGCCCUCUAGUGACAGCCUGAAGCAUAGACUCUCCUUGGUGAUAUCUCAGAAACAAAAGUUCAAGGAGCUUGUGUGUUAAUAAUGAGACUUUCCAUUUAACAGUGUUUUUUCGAUGAACUACAAAUAAAAAUACAUGUUGUCAUAAAGUCACAAGAUCAAAAAUUCAUUUCGGAUCUAGAUCAUUUAUGAGAAAAGCCUGUUCAAUAGUCAUGUAUAUGUACUGACUGAGCUCGUCUUUUAUUGUCAUGUUUGAUGUUUCUAUAACAGUCUGUGAAGGUCUGAUGUGAAUCUAAAUUAGCUGGUGCCUAAGGACACAAUUUUGGAAAUAUUAUAAUGUGUAAUUUCUUUAUCCUCUCUUUAUCUCACAAGCACUGGUCACACCAUUUCAAAAUUGUCAAAAUUCAUUUUUUUUUUUUUUUGAGUAUCUGUGACUUCAAGCUAUAAAGCUGUGACACCUUGUACUGUAGCUGUGUGGUUCACUCAAAUAAUCUGAGCAGCGGAGGAGAAAAAGUGUAUGAAUGUGAUUGUAAAGGAGGAUGAACUCAGUGAAGGCAGUGUACAAAUACAUCAUUUCCUUUCAUUUCUUCAUCUGCUGCAGGACAUGCAUCCUUUCAUGGUCCAUGGUUUGUCACCCCAAAAGAGUAGAUUUAGUUCACAUGAGAUUACUCGAAAAGCUAAAACCACCAACUUGGAUUUUCUUUUUUCUCCACAGCCCAAGCUCCCCCUCAAUCAGUUUUACCCGUAUAUCCGCUGUGCCCUGUGCUGCGGCUUCCUCAUCGAUGCCACCACCAUCACAGAGUGCCUGCACUCAUGUAAGUGACAGCAGAGAUCUGCUUCGGCUCUGAAAGUCUUUUAUGGUGAUUCAACAAGCUUGAAAGUAACCAUGUGGCAUGAUCAAUUACAUCACUGAAUGGGUACAUCUCAAUUCUUCUUAGUUUCAUCUUCAUUUCCUUUCCUUACUCCAAAGUUUUUCCAGCUCCGCAUGGUUAGACACAAGGAGAGCAUGAUAGGAGAGUAGAAAGAGAAAUGUGAUUGUAAAGAGAGAAGACAGACUGUACUCUGAAGCUUUUCGUGGAUCAAUGCUCCUGGUUCAUGCUUUGAUCAGAAUCAGAAGCUUUGGAGAGCACGGAGAUGACCGAGCUGUCACAUCUGGAGAUUUCAGCAAGAAAGAAACAAGGAAGCAGGAAAUAGAGAACUGUGAUGUGAACUGUGGGGAGAUUUGUGGACUUGAGUCGUAAUAGUGUAAGAAAAUAGCAAAUAAAUCCAACAAAGGCCUAAAUAAACAGCUCUCUGCUUGAGUGGUUGUGCUUUGAGGUUAUCCCCCUGAUAGUGUAAUGUUUCUCUUAAAUGUGGAUUAGAUAGAUUACAUUAGAACAGUAGUUCUCAAGUCCAGUCCUCAAGCCCCCCCCAUCCUGCAUGUUUUGGAUGUUCCCCUGCUCCAACACACCUGAUUCAAAUGAUCAGCUCGUUAUCAAGCUCUGUAAUGGCUUAAUAACGAGCUCAUCAUUUGAAUCAGGUGUGUUGAGAACCACUGCAUUAGAACAAGUUUAUGGACAUGUCAUUAUCACGUGACCGCUGCCUGUCAGAAGGGAGAGAAAAUGUAGUGUUUAGCACCAAGUGAGUUGGUUCCCAAGAAGCUAUGACCUGCAUUCAGCAGCAUUUUAAAAUUCUACCUAAAUGACUGGAGAGCCUGCAAAUCUUGACAGGGCUGUGUAGACUUGCAUGAGGACGGCGACCGUCAGAGAUGAAUAAAAGGGCCCAUCUCAGGAUCAGUCAGUGAUAGGUCACCCAUAAACUGUUGCAUGGAUGCUAGGCGUCCCCAGGUCAUGAAGGAAAACCCUUGUGAACUCACAGAUGAGUGGAUAUGGUGUGUGCAUUCAGUGUUGGAGCUGUUUAUGUGAGAUAGCGUCGCUCUUCUAACAGAGACUUCAGUUUGCAGUUUUGUUCAUACACUUCCCUAAAAAACAGUCACAUCAGGAUUUAGCUUCCUGUUCCUUCACCCCUUUGCACAAUUUCAUGCUCCUUUGCUCUCUGCUUAAAAUCAGAAGUCAUUUUUAUGUCAUCAUGGUUUUAAUAUUAUCUUAGCAGCAUAAUGACAGUUUAUAUACAGCCAUGACAGUGCCAUUUAUCCAGAGAAACUGUAGGGUGGUUUAGUUUGAUCAGUAUCUGGAUACCAUCCAGCUGUGGUGGUAAGGCGUCCUUUUCUAAAUACAGUCAUGCAGAUAGGGAAAAAGAGACAUAUGAGCAAAAACCACACAAACAUGAAAUGCUAUGGUUUUAAUUUAUGGAUUGAAAAACCUCAAGAUUGACAGGAUGCCUACAGAAGUAUUUUACCCCACCAUGUUUUCACAAAAAUGAGAGCGAUCCUGUCGCCAAAGGGAGGAAAAACACAAAAAUCAAAAUAUGAAGUCUGACCCAAGUCCCUCCAGAAAAUACAGACAUCCAAAAAUAAAACCCAGACAUCCAUACCAAGAUGCAAAAGAGGAAAGUAAUCCUCUGGCUCAAAGCAGAGGAACAAGCAGGGGAUCAUUGUGUGUAGGAGUGCAGCACAGAGGCGUUUGUUUACAAUUUAGCCCGAGGGAACAGCUGUUUUUGAGUUAGUUUGUGCAGAAUGAGCUGAAAGGUUUCGGUUUAUGUCCAAAAGAUGAUAUUCUGGUUAAAUGCCGGAUGCAUUUACACCAACCUUUUCACCUGAUCACUUUAUCAAGCCUUCAAAGUUGUCAUCUGUAAUCUGAAUUAUUAGAAUAAGGUUAGAGAAAUAUUGUAUGGUGAAGGUGCAGGGAAAAGCAGGACAUUGAUGACUGGGCAAAACAGGUCUGUGAAGUGAUGCAAGUUACUGAAUCAAAGCAGGAAAAAUGUUCUCAUCAUGUGAAGUGAACAGAACUCAAGUUUGGGACAGGGGUUGUCAGGUUUUGGACACGUGAAUGUAGGGCUGGGCGAUAGACUGAAAAUUUACUGAUGCCGAAGUUUACGACAAUAACUGGCGUCAUUUUGCCCAUGUCAAUAAAUUUAGUGUCAAAAAAGUAAAUAAAUAAAGUUGGUUUUGGACGUGUGUAGGUAGGCUAUGGUCUCAUGUCCCUUUAAGACACUGCCCUAUGUCAGAGACGUGACUCCACCCCAUCCAGUCCGCAGCGGCUGAAGUGGAUGAAGUUAUUGUGGGAGGGGGUGAGCAGCUUGUAGAGUUGUUAUCGUCCAUUUUUCGUUAUCGAGGUGAACUGCUAAAUAUAUCGUGAUAUUGAUUUAGGCCAUAUCACUUAGCCCUACAUGAAUGUGGGACUUUCAGUCAUGAGAUGCUGCAGAAAAAAGUCAAUUCUCUGCCCUGAGAUCUUUGUGUCGGAUUAUAAAAAUCUCUUUUCUUGGUCAAAAGUCCAGAGUAGACUGACUCUUGAAAGUAUCUUAUUAUUUUUCUGUUUUAUCUCUUCAAGUUUGUAAAAGCUGCAUCGUGAAGCACUUUUUCUACAGCAACAAAUGUCCAACAUGCAGCAUCAUAGUCCACCAGACACAACCUCUUUACAACAUCAGGUAAGCUGUUUUUUUAUGAGUCAUUCUGAGUAAAAAAAAAAUUCCCACAAACUGUGGUUCGCUACUUAUCAUAUACAUAGUUUAUAAGCAGGCAGGAAUUUGAACAUGAGGGGUUUGAAUCCAGAGAUUUACAUCAUAUUUGAUAUUUUCCUCUGCAGACCUGACAGACAACUCCAGGAUAUUGUUUUCAAAAUGGUUCCCUCACUCGAGGAGCGUAAGUCACCUGAGCGUACACACAACACAAUUAGAUCUAUCAAAUACAAUUCAUUUAUAUUGCGUGCCUGUACCUGGUGAUAGUGAAAACAAUCUGAUUUUUUUAUGUCACAGUGGAAAAAGAUCAAAUGAUGACCUUCUACAAGUCAAGAGGGCUAGAAGUGCCAAAACCAGGUAAAGAGUUCAGCUUUAAAAGUUCAGGCCAAAACAAAACAACAUUAAUCUUUUUAGUUUGCUUUUAAAUCUGAGUGACAAUUACUUGUGAUAUUUAGCUGGCGACUAGAGUGUUGUUUCUUCACUCUCUUCUUCCUCUUCUUGCUCUGCAGUGAUGGUCUCUCCUCCUUGUCCUGUCGUGGUGAAGAGGCAGAAGAAAGAGAACAUACCCCAGUCUGUGUUCACCAUCCCCCCUGAGCUGGAUGUGUCUCUGCUGCUGGAGUUUGUAGGGUAAAGAUCCUUACAGAACAGUCUCUCUUUUGGCAUUAUCUCCACCUGCACUGACUUUAAACUCCUACAAACAUUCAUGCAAUUACACAAGGCUGCCUCUAGAUGGCCUUAUUUCUGUACCGUUGCUGCUCGCUGAAUAAAUAAACUUGUACUGAAUGUAUAAUUUCUCUUUUGAUGUUUCCAGGGCUGAAGAAGGCAUCGAUAACUAUAAGGUAAUGCCUUCAACACUUAAGGUGCUAUGAAUAUAUAAAUAUGGGUUGAUUAAGAUCUGUUACUGACUGCAUGAAACUGUGAACAGUCUGUAUUUUCUUGCAUUGUCUCUUGGUAUUUUAAGCUGCCAAGUGAACAUUUUGCUCGUGAAGUUGAUGUGCAAAAAGCUGGGAAAAUGAUCAGUAGCAGGAUCUGAGUAAUUUUGACAAACUUUAAUGAUAAGGCAACUCGUUCUGAGCAUCCCCCAAACAGCAGCUCUUGUAGGGUUUUCCCAUUUUUGCAGGGGUCAGUACCAAGGCAGAAAAAUCAGUGAAUCAGCAUCAGAGUCAACUGGUGGACUGAUUGACAUGUGUUAGGAGCCAAAAAUGACCUGUGUGGUCUGUCUGAUCUAACAGAAGAGCUGCCGGGAAAGUUGAAGCCAAUGUUGAUUAGCUUGGCGUCACCAGACCCAUCAGCAAAUUCAUGUUAGUUUUUCACUGGCUGCUGGAUUAAGACAAGGGAUGUAAAUUUAAAGGUAGCUCCAGAGGUCUUGCAGACUCUGUAUAUUCCCAGGUAAGGGCUGUGCUGUUUUGGCCCUGGCCUGAUGAGAGAGGCUCCUGCACAGUAUAAGGAUGGUGGUCAUGAUGUUAUUAAGGAUCAGGGUUCGUUUAAAACUUCAGGUGAUUUAGCGGUGUUAUUUAAAGCUUCCCCAAAUUAAGAGGCUUGUGCAGGAUUUACAUAUGAUGGCAUUCAUUUCCAAAGUUUUAGCGUUGCUCUGAUUCAGACCUGUUUCUUUCUGGUUUUUUUUUGUUGUUGUUGUUUUUCAGAAAAUUGACGAUUCUACAAAAUAACUCACAUGCUGUCUGCUCCACUCCGUAUAUUUUUAGCCAUUGAAGAGGCCGUACGUUCGUGUGUCAGGCGAGGCCACCGUUCGGCACGUGGAGCUCUUCAUCAGGAGGAAGAUGGAGCUGAGCCCAACCUGCCAGGUGAGUCUGCCAGGUCUCCAGCUUGAUGACCAGAGUCCAAAUCCUGAUCUCUGAUUUAGUUGGACAGUAAAAGAGGUCAGCAUUACACAAUCGUGUAGGUGUGCACCAUGGGGAAGGUUUGUGACAGUUGUUUCCUUAUGUCAGAGAGUUACCAAAAUGAUGAGAAGCCAGGAAGAUAUGGGGUCCGCUUAUAGGUACCUGUGUGACUGUCCAAAAUCAAGUGUAAAACACACCUGCAGCAUAUGAUGCACAUGAUUCAGGACUUCAGAUGGAAGAGAUCAGUACCUCAUGCUGUUUGAACGGUCUAAAAAACUCAGAUUACUUCACAUUUGAGCCAAAAAAUUAGAAAUUUUUACUAAAUUUUGUCUGCUGUGUGAACUUGUUCACACCUUGUUUUUAUGGACUCUGUUAAACUUCUCAAGAUUGUUUCUCUGUGGUUGUUUUUCCAAGAGAAGACAAAACCUGAAUGCAAGUAGAGCCCGACAAAGAAAAAAAAGGUAGAAGUGCCCUGGUCAAAUCUCAGCAGGUAGUCUGCAUUUUAAGGACAACAGACUGCGUGGUAACAGCGUUAAUCUGAUCGUAAUGAAAUAAUCAGUGCAGUGAAACCCCACGUCUGUCUUUGAACUGAAGGAGGAAGCGGAGGAUUACAAAUCAUAAAAAGUCCUCCCUUCUUGGGAGCACACAGACACAAAUGUUUCAGAGUUCAGAUGUCAGUGCAUUCUGCAUUAAGGUACACGUGGGCGAGGAUUAGCAGCUUACACUCUUACACUCAUUUCCUGGCCUUGGUUUUACUGGACACUGGCUGUUGGUACUCUGACAUGUCUGGACAAACCUGAAGAGGACACAAGUCAGAUUUUUUUUAUUAAAGCAUUAUAAGAAUCUCAAACCUAAACUUUGAUGAUUUUAAUCACUUUGUUAUGCAUGAGAUUUGACUAUCCACCCAAACAUCUACAUCCCUGAUCCCACAGGAGUGAGGACACCACGUGAUAUGUCGAUCAAAGAUAAAAGUAGAUAGUUUAAAAUUAGUAGAAGUUUAUAUUCAUUUGAAGUAGUGUAAAGAUAAGACACCAAAUGGUGAAACAGAGGAAGGUAAUUGUUUUAAACAAUGUUUUCUCAUCUUUAAACUUGAUGCGAGCAGAGCUUCACCACUCUGUGAUGGACUAAAUAAGAGGAUCGAGCAGCAACUUUAAAAUAAUGUUCCUGAGUAUAAGAUUGCCUUUUAGGAUUUCACAGCUAUGGUUCACAGUUUCAUUAAGAGAAUCUAGAGAUACAUCAUUAAAUAAGGGUCAGGACUAAUGACUGAUACUGGAUGACUAUGAGCUUCAGACCCUUAGACAGCACUGCAUAAAAAACAAAAUGACUCUGAAGUGGAAAUCACUGCAUUAGCUCACACUGGCAUCCAAAAACCACUGUCUGGGAACAGAGUGUGCCACUGAAUCCACUAAUGCAGAUGUAAGUCAAACUGUACCAUCAACGAGACAACCAUGUGUAAAUAUGUGCCAGAAAUGUUGGAAACUUCUCUGGGCCAUUUAUGAUGGACUAAAGUGUGCUUGAAAAAUGUCCUUGGAAGUCACGAAUGCCACAUCUUCGGCUCUAACGUUCAAAAGUUCCGAAUCCAGCGUCUAAUCUCCCAUACCAUGGCAAAGUUUGCUCAUCCAUGAAAGCUAUAUUUAAUGCUGAGAGAUAUAUCCUUUGUAGUAGAAGAGUCUAGAAGCUAAACUGGCCCUCCAGCAGUGGUGGUCACCUGUUAAAAAUAUUUGGUAUUUCUGAAUAUAAAAUAAAGGACAAAAGAGACCCUGAACCUUUAAGCAGCAUCAGUGAUUGGGGUUGUAUUUACUGAUGAAGAGGUUAAUUGGUUUUGUGGUUUUGAAUGUCAUGCUCUGAUAAUCUAUGAAGUUAACCUCUGAAGUAGAACACUAAGUCCAAGAUGCUUGAUAUGUCAACAUUUGGAGUAGUGGUUAGGCUGCAGUUAUGUCUGAAUUUAUAAGUGAUACCACCACAGCAGGAAAAAAGAAGUGCAUCCCCUCAACUCGUGCCAGACCCAUGAUUUGGUGACCCCGCUACAACACUACUACAAAAACCCGACUGCAAAACCACACACUGACUGUUGGUGUGUGUAUAUUAUAAUGAUAUUGAGUAAUAGUGUGUUUGUUUGUGUCGUGCAGGUGGAUGUGGUUUGUGGAGAUCACCUCCUGGAACACUACCAGUCACUCAAAGACAUCCAGAGCUCUCUGGGUGAGGAGGCUCUGCAGGUAAGCAUCACAUUUACACUCACUAACACACCUGCUCCUGUAUGGGAUCAUGUUUGUUUGGUAGAAAUCUAGUUAUAUGUGACUAAUAUAUAAAUAAUAUACAGAGUGGAGCAGGCUGAUAUAUAUAUAUUGUUUCCACUUUUAUCCAGGAUGGUCUGUUGGUGCUGCACUUCGGCUUGGUCCUGCCCCCUUGAAUAGAGUUUAUACCUGAGAGGAUUGAUGAGACUCUUAAUGUGGAGUGAAGUGUGGACAUUAGCAUCGGUGUCAAAAUGUCUUUUCUAAAACUUAAACAAAUACUGAUAUAUUUUCAAUGGCAGGUAUUAACUAAACUUUUGUUCUUUUGAGCAUCAAAUCUUCAGCUCCACCUUGAAUUCAGGACAACACUUCAGGUGACACACACAAGAUUUCUUGAGGUGUCAACAUUUGAGUAUGACUUUCUCUGAAUAAUUUUUCCUCAUCUAGUUGCCUUGAUAUCUUUCUUUAUAAGAGAGUGUGUUUCCACUCAAUCCAAGAAAGACUGCUGCUGUAGCUAAAACUGGACUGACAGAGAGAUUUAGCUGAUUUUCUAUUUAUGUUUGUAAUGGCUGGGUGUAAUUCAGGUAGAUAACUGUGAUUCAAAGGGCUUAAACAAAAGGACUUCCUUUACCAAAGGUGUGUGUGUGUGUGUGUGUGUGUGUGUGUGUGUGUGUGUGUGUGUGUGUGUGUGUGUGUGUGUGUGUGUGUGUGUGUGCGUGUGCGCGUGCGUGUGCGUGUGUGUUUGAAGAACUGUCUUCCUCUGGUUGAUUUACAUGUUAGACAGCUGUGAACUUUUGUGUACUGUCUCAGUUUGUAUUGAUGGUAUAAAUUUGAUAAAACCUACUUUUUGUAAAACUUUCAAGAGCACAAACGCAGUUAUUUAAAAUGAUUCUGUUAACCUGUUGGAGAUUAAAAAAAAAAAAACCUUCAGUACUUGAUUUUAUCAGAAUAAACGGGUGAAUAACUGCACAGCUGAGGGAUGUGUAUGUUUUCUUAUUUGUGUGUCUUGUAAGGAUGGGAAGAUGUACUUUUCUCCCGAAUUGAUUCUUCUACGAUUUUUUGGAUGCCGAUUCGAUUUCAAUUGCGAUUCUACAAUAUUGUCGAUUUUCUAGAUUUUUAGUCUGCAUAUUUAACACCAGUGAAACAGUUGAGUGAUUAUGAUUGUCUCAUGACUAUUCCAGGAACCAUGUUUCCACAAAAAAUACACAUCACAUUUAAGUAAUUUUUUAAGAUUUAUUCUUAAAUUUGACAAAAAAAUAAAAAAAAAUUUGAACAUAAAAAUUGAUUUAAAAGUUGUAAAACAAAAAUAUUGCGAUACUUAUGUGAGUUGAUUUUUACUCCCACCCCAAGUAUCGUGUGUUCGGUUUAUUUCCAGGCAGUGUGUCGGCAACCUAAGCUAACAGUAACUGCUAAUCUAUGACUAAAUUUCAGACGUAGAGUGGCAUUUGAAAUCACUGAAAAUGAAGUACUUUCACCGUUGAUAAAGCGCAGCUAGGGUGACAGUAUCUGUGUUGACAAAUUAAGUCAGCUUUUGUCUGAGAUAUUAAAAAAUAUUCCUUGAACCCUUAGAAUAAAAAUCUGAGUGUAAAUGUUAACCAGCCCUUGUAUUUAGCCUUAACUGUACUGUUAAAUGUAGUAGUCUCAGUGGGUGUGGAAAAGGCCCAUACAGCUCUGUGCAGUUUGUUCUUGUGUUGUCUAUGGUAAUAAACCAUCAGCAUCUCCACUCUUUGCUCCACUGUGCACUCUCAUUCUGAUGAUUUAGUGUACUGAAUAACACUAUGACUCCUGAGUAAGACUGCAAGAUUUGGUUUGUUUGUUAAAGGGAGGGUUCAUUGACUAUUUUGAUAGAUUUCUAGGAGUCAGGAAAUCCAAAUGUUUAUAGGCUUUUUGCAACACAGACGUUUUAGUUUAUUGUUCUUGAAAGCAGAUAUCUUUAAAUAGAGACAAAUAAAUUGUAGAAUUAAAUCAGGGGUCGUCGGAGUGUCAUUGAAAGGUUAUGUUAUGCCUCAUUUCCUGAGCUGCAGCUGUACUUGAGAUAGACAAGUUCUCUUGAAAAUGUCAAAGCCACCUGAUUUGUAAUAUCUUAAUGCUACUUGGACAACAAAUGCUCUACUUAUGUUAAACAGAACACUUCCUAUACUCAGAUUUGGCAUAUUUAUAGCUAUUGAUGAUCUGUACUAUAAGCUAUAUAAAAAAUGUCACCAGUAGCGUAUAAGGCAACAUACUUAUCUGCAAAUGAAAGCACAUGAAACAUUUCAGUCACACUUCUCACUUUGUUUAUUGAGCCAGUAAAACAACAGUUUACACUGCAGACAGGUGGAAGUGUCGGUUGGUCUACUCUGAUGAAACGCUGCACAGUUAAAAAUGCCAUGACAUCCACUGUUUCUGUUUCUACCAAAGUAAAGUUAUCAUGCUCCGCACACACUAGAGCCUAAAGCGUUAUUAUGCAAGUGAUUUUAAAUGCUCAUGGGCUUGUGUAUUUUUUUCUUUUCAUUAUCGUGACAGACUUUGUGAAUAAAUCUGAAGAGUUUAAA